AUGGCUUCCAAAAAGACAGCAUUAGCAUUUUCUGCUGCAGCAGCAGCAGUAGCAGUAGCAGUAACAGCAGCAGCAGCAGCCGCAGUAGCAGGAGCAGCAGCAGCAGCUAGCAGUAGCAGUAACAGCAGCAGCAGCAGCCGCAGUAGCAGGAGCAGCAGCAGCAGCAGCAGCGGCAAAGAAAGAGAAACACAGCAGCAGGAGGAGCAGCAGCAGCAGCAGCAAAGAAAGAGAAAUACAGCGGCAGGGACAGCAGCAGCAGCAACAACAGCAGCAGCAGCAGCAGUAACAGCAGCAGCAGCAGGAGCAGCAGCAGCAGCAGCAGCAGCAGCACAAAUACAGAAUCAGCAGCAGCAGCAGCAGCAGCAGCAGCAGCAGCAGCAGAAGGAGAAGAAGCAGCAGCACAACAUUCUAUCAAUACUUGUAAUGCUGCUGUCUCCUGAAACAUAA